AUGUAUUCCUCAGAACAGAGCAAAUGGGUGGCAUUCCAAUUCAAGGACCCCUUCGCAGCAGACAAGUUUCUUGUCUGCCAUGUCGGAAGGGGAGUCUGCUGCCGUCCUAAUUGUGACCUCGGCUUCUCUAGCUCCAAUAAGUCGGAUAUCACCUUUGUCGACACUUUGGAUCAAGCCACGGCCACCGGCUACCGCCCUUGCAGACACUGCUUCCCAGACAGACAGCCCAACCCGGAAGACUUGCACGACACGUUUGUUUCCAUCGAUCUUGAUCUCUUGGUAAAGACUGUUGAGUACGUCAACGAGUCCAUUGGCUUCAUCAAGCCGUUGAUGGACGAGGAGGACGACAAGAACAGCUCUUUGAAAGAGUCGUUGUGGAAAAGCAACAACACGUCGCUGAAAAAACGCCUCUCGGGCGGCCCCGUUGACGAUAACGACGAGGUCCCACUUACCCGCAACAAGUUUGACCAUCUCAAGCUUAUAGACCUGGCCUGUCGCCACAUUGCGCUUGCCGCGCUGUCGACCAGCCACAGCGCCUCCAUGGUGAGCGACUCGCUCUCCAAAAGCCCCUCGCCUCCGGACUCUCGCCGGGCCAGCCAGGCCGGCCAGGGCCGCAAAAAAAGACGCAGGGGCGGAGUGCUGGGAUUCAAGGAGCUGGCAUCCAAGUCGAACCUGAGCCCAUGGCAUUUCCACCGUGUGUUCAAGUCCGUCACAGGACAGACCCCGAAGGCCUACGGAGACAAGUGCUGGGAAUUCAUUAAUAAACAGGAGCGCAAACACCCGGUUGUUCACAGGAGAAAGGAUUCCAUAGUCAUCGACACGCGAAUUGCCAAUCCGACGCUCUCUGGCGACGACGACGACAAGUCUGCCAGGGGCAGCACGCCAGAGGCCGACAGGGAGUCUGUGCAGCAGGCCCCAACUGCCGAGCCUACCGAACCAAUGGGGCUGAUGGAGGCCGUCGAGCAUGCGCCGCCGCUUGCUCCGCUGGCGCCUGCAGUGGAGCCGGAGCAGCUGUUCAAGCCGGACAUGUCGCUGAACGCGCCUGCAGACCUAAACUCGCCGCUCGAGGCCACCACGCCGCUGUUUUACGACCCCUGCCAAAUCACCGUGCCGCCUUCCGCCACCGUGUCGCCGAUCAUGCCUUCCACCGCCGACUCGUCGGCCACGUCGUUCCAAUGGUUCGACGAGAUCGAGGACCUGUUCCCGCCAAAGGCCUCAGACCUCAACUUUGAGCUCGAGUCGUACCAGUACACGCCGUCGAUGGCUUACAUCACCAACCAGCAGGCACAGCUGCAGAAGCAGCGGCAGAUGGAGGAGACCGAGCUCGCGGACGACUGGCUGGCCGGGUUCAAGGACGAUCAUCAGGACUUUAUGGUUAGAGACGAAUUAACGAACUACAUCGGAUAA